UGCUGCGCCCAGAAUUUGAUCGAGCUGUUGCUGGGCUUGCGCAAUCAGUCCAAACAAAAUUGCGCCAGCGCGUGACCCUCAGACCCCGUCUCGUUGCCACCGAGCCCUGUCCGUCCACCACCAGCCUCGACAACAACAAACCAAAGCGCACACCACGAUGAGGGGUGACUAUGGAAGCUGACACGUCGAGCUCCCUCACCCGCCUCCACAUCACGCCCCUGGACCCCGACCUGCUCAAGGUCAUCGUCCCCGCUACAGCUCUACCAAGCGCGAAAAACAUCUCGUUUCACACUCUCGAGGCCUUCCCCGAGAAGCGCUACGGUUUUGUCGACCUCCCCACGCUCGAGGCCGAAAAGAUUAAGAAGAAGCUCAACGGCGCCGUCCUCAAGGGCGUCAAGAUCCGAAUCGAAAAGGCCAGGCCCGACAAGAUGCCGCGCCACGACAAGAACGACGCGGGUGCCGACGCCGAGUCGAAAAAAAGAUCGUGCGAGGACAGGCCGCCCAGGCUCAAGGAGGACAGCAGCAAGAAGCGCAAGCGCCAGCGUGAGGAGAUCCCCGGCGUCGAGCUGGAGGAGGGCCGUAGGGUCAAGCGCGGCUGGACUGCGACCGAGGCCACCGAGAGCAGGGAGCGCAAGAGCAAAAAGGACAAGGCCGAUAAAAAUGACAAGAAGGAUAAGAAGGACCGGAAAGAGAAGAAGCAGCGCAAAAAGGAGAUGCGCUCGCGGUACACGGAUGCGCCCGAGUGUCUGAUGAAGACAGUCGUGCCCACUGCCGCCGCCGCUGCUGCCGAGGCCGACGACCAGAGCUCACCACCAAAGAAGCGCAAGAGUAAGAGCAAGACCGAAACCGUAGUCAUCCAUGAGUUCGAAAAGACGACCAAGUUCCCCACCUUCCUCAAAAACAGCGCUGCCGAGUCUUCCAAAACGAGCGCCACCAACGAGUUUGUUGAGGGCGUUGGUUGGAUCAGCCAAGAUAGCAAAAUCGUCGAGGCGGCUCGCUCUGCGCGCACUUCUCGGAAAGCCUCCAAAAGGGUAAAAUCCCCGUCGCCGUCGCCGCCACCACAAGCGGCUGACGACACCACGAGUUCAAGCGGAAGCGACAGCGAUGAUGAUGGCGAUACCUCUUCGGACGACGACGAUGAUGGCAAGACAGAGGCCGCGAUGGCCCCGCCGAGGUCCAAAGCGCAUCCCCAGACCAUCUCUAUCCCCGACGCUUCGUCGCCGGCCCAGAAGGUCAAGGACAGCAGCGCCAUCUCCAAGACCGAGUCGCCCAGGCCCAAGUCCGCAGGCUCGGUCAUGAGCCUCACCAUCAAGAUCCCUCCUAGCACCCCGGCCACCCCCAAGUUACACCCCUUGGAGGCUCUUUAUAAGCGAUCAAAGCCAGACGGGGGCGCUGCCGGUGGAGCCUCGGCCACCCCAGCGCAGCCUUCGUUCGCCUUCUUUGAUGCCGAGGGCGAUCAGGCAGAUGAAGAACAAUGCGGCGGCAUGGACGAGGAACCCAGGAGUAGCCAGCAGCCGCCCAUGACGCCGUACUCCCGACAGGACAUGGAGUUCCGGAACAUCCGGAGCGCGGCCCCGACGCCCGACACGGCCCACCACAGCCGCAGCUUCAAGUUCUGGCCGAACCCCGGGCAAGAGGACCUCGACGAGGAGGACGAGGAGGAAGACGGUGACGAUGAUGAGGAGGAAGGGGAUGAAGACGGCGAGCCGGCUGCUGACGGUGCUGACGGUACGACUACGUCGAGCUCGGACUUCCAGAAGUGGUUCUGGGAGAACCGUGGCGAUCUCAACCGGUCUUGGAAGAAGCGUAGAAAGUUGGCUGCCAAGGAGAAGCGGUACCGCGAGAACAGGUCGCGGGCAAACAGGGCGGUUUAACGAGGUAUUCGCUUUAGAGAUACUUAUAGAACGUGGGAUUGCGUUUUCGUAUCCUCUGUUGGGUUUCGAAGUUUGGGGUUUAUUGGUCGUCCUUGAUAUGGGCCCCUGAGCUUGGCAUGCGUUCAUUGUCUCACAAACUUCCAUGUGGGAGCUGGCGGCACAGCUAUCUGGCACCGAACGUCUCGUCACCUUGAAAGAAACUAGCUACGCUAAUGGUAUUAUGAUUACACAAGGUGUGAGCACAGCACACGUCAACAUCCUGAACCAAACAGAAAAACAGGAAAGAGCACAGUGUACAAUACACACCAUACAUUACCUGCACCCCGAAAUUCCAGCCCUGGCGACCUGCGGAAACGCGACAACCCAAAACAAUGACAUCUAGCCAGAAAGCCGAGAAGGAAAGGGACAAUAAAGGAAAGAAGGACUGAAAAAUAAGUGACAAAGGAGAGACAAGAGAAACACCAACAAACGAAACCCCCCCUCACAGCCCCGAGUCGAGCUUGGCUGGCGCCUUGGGCGCGUACGACCGCCAGGCAUCGCAGUUCUGGCCCAUGGCGCCGAGAUCCAUGGCGCCCGGGAUCUGGUCGGCGAGCUCGAGGAAGUCGACGCUCAGGCCCUGGGACGCGUGGAAGGCGAUGUGGCAGUGCAUGAUCCAGGCGCCCGGGUUGUCCGUCUUGAAGGCGAGCGCGAGCCAG